AUGUUCAACCUCAAGUGGCCUGUCCUUGUCGCUUUGCUGCAUGCUGGGCUGUCAGCGGCCGCACCACAAGCCGCUGCUUUUGGCCCUGUCAUGCCAGGCAAAGACUCCUUCUACACCCCUCCGGCCGGAUAUGAGAAGCAGCCCCCAGGAGCAAUUCUUCGAAAUAGAACCGUACCAUCUGCUCUUGCAGUCUCCGGUGUUUCCGCUGCCUACCAACUUCUUUACCGCACGACCGAUAGCUUUGGCGAUGCAACAGCUACCGUCACGACCAUUCUGAUCCCGAAGAACGCAGACAGUACAAAGCUCCUCUCCUAUCAGGUCGCUGAAGAUGCCGCCAACCCCAACUGUGCCCCGUCUUACGUAAUGCAGCUGUUCUCCGACUCGGGCGGCCCCUUUGGAACAAUCGUCACCAACCUGGAGCUGCCCCUCAUUAGCGAUGCUCUCAAGAAAGGCUGGUACGUCGCGGUUCCAGACUUUCUUGGACCAAAAUCUGCGUUCCUGGCCAAUACCCUGGCUGGCUACGCAGUCUUGGACGGGAUUCGUGCCGCGUUUCAAGCCGACUUUACGAAGCUUUCAAAGAACGCACGCGUCACCCUAUGGGGCUACUCUGGCGGCAGUAUGGCUUCCGAGUUUGCCGCCGAGUUACAAUCGACAUAUGCCCCAGAGCUAAAGAUUAGCGGAGCGGCUCUUGGAGGAACGAUUGGAAGUAUCCUGAAUGUGCUAUUCACCAUCAACAAGUCCAUCUUUGCCGGUUUAAUCCCGACUGGAAUCGUGGGACUCGCCGUUGAGUAUCCAGAGGUGGCUGCUCUCGUCGCAAACGAAAUUAUCCCGAGCAAAGCAGACGCGAUUAACAAAGUCACCAGUCAGUGUCUUGGCGCCAACGUGCUCAGCUUCGCAAAUCAGGACAUUUUCUCCUAUACCAAAGACCCCAAUAUCUUCAACACCAGCACGCUUGUGAAGAACGUUUCGGACGCGAACAGCCCGGGUCACAUCACCCCUUCGAUUCCCAUCCUUAUCUACAAAGGCGCCAAAGAUCAGAUUAGCCCAGUUGCUGAUACAGACAAGGUUGUCGACAAGUACUGCGCUGGCGGAGGCUCCGUAGAGUACCGAAGAGUGCCAGACGCUGAUCACAUCAGUCUAAUUUUCGGGGGUUCUACAGGCGCGUUGAGCUGGCUUGGUGACCGACUGAGCGGCGUCCCGGUACAACAGGGAUGUAUCAACUCUACCACCGCUUGA